UGUGUCGCGGACGGUUAAAACGGUGAAGCAUGUUGCGCUGGCUACGUAAACUUUUGUUUUUGUUUAACAACAUAUAAACAAAGUGCGAUUGUUGUGUCAACAUUGCGAUCGCGUGUGUUUUACAGCGGCUGCGCGCGCAACAAUUUGUUGCAAUUAAAGGUGAACAAGUGUGAGAUAAAAAAUACACAAUUAGAAGCAACAAAUAAAAAUACAUAGUUAAAUCUAAAGCAGCCGGUUGAGUCACGCCGAAUUCUCAGAACUGCUGUCAAUUGGAUGUUUAAAUUAAAAUAAACGUCAAGAGCGCUAACAGUUAAUUGCGUGUACGUAUACGUGUGUGUGUGUGUAUUUUACAGCUGUUGCAUUUAUAUGUGUGUGCGUGGAAUGAUAAGAUAGCGGGCAAGGCCUCAAUCGUCGUCUAAGGAGCUGCGCCAUAUCUUUAAAUUGUGUUUAAACUCUAAAGUUAAAAGCGCUGCUCGUCGCAGUGUUUAUCUUAUCGAUUGGAAGCUUUAUGUGUGUAUUUAUAUUUUUUUUGCUAUAUGGCUAAAAGCUUAAACAAUGCCGGGUGAAGUCAUUUGCGCAGUCCAUAGAUACAGUAUCUAAGCUCCAACUGUGACUGUCAAGUGCGAAAAAUUGCGGAAAAACCUGCCCAUUGGCUAAAUUUGGACACGCAACAACAAAUCGCCAUAGAAGGCAAGCAUACAUAAAUCAACUGUGUGGCAACUGCAACUUGCAACAGGAGCAGCAGCAGCAGCCACAGGCAGCAAGCAACAGCAAAGAUGGACAUAGAAUCCGAUUCAGACACCUGGGAGGACUUUUUUGGCAGCACCACAGAGUUGGCACCAUCCUUGCUAGGACUAUACGACAGCUUGACGAGCAACUUAGCCGUCGGUAGUGUUGCCAUCAACAAAGCGCUUGAGCUGCAACAGAGCAGCAACAACAACAACAGUAGCAACAGUUGCAGCGGUGAGUCAACGCCCAAGCGCAGCAACAGCAACUGCAGCAGCAGCAGCAGCAACAGCAACAUCAGCAGCAGUGACAAUCAGUGUGGCAGCUACAGUCUUGUUGCCGUCGCCGCCGCUGCGGCAGUGCGAGAGGAGCUCAGCCAUACGCCUUUGUUGGUAGCGGGACUGCGUGACGAGCCUGAUGGCGCAAAACUAAGUCGCGUGGUGCGUGCACAAAGUUCGGAGCUGGGCAGCAGUCAGAGCAUUGCCAGCAGCAGCAGCAGCAGUGGCAGCAGCCUGCGACGUGGCAACAACAUACGCGUGUUGUCAGCCAACGUGCAACGGAUUAUAACACAUGCUGAGGCACAAGCAGUAAGCGCUGUGGAUUUAGAGGCACUGCAGCAGCAGCAGCAACAGACGCCGCCCUCGGCCAGCAGUCGCAGCUGCAGUCCAAAGCCAGCGCCACGCUACAUCAAAUCCAAUCACCCAUCCAAAGUAAAGUUAUCGCAUUUGCCUUUGAGCAAGUUUACGAACAAGUUGUCGGCGCAGUCGGGCAGCGAUUUGGUUUGCACCUACGAUGCCAAUCAGGAGUACAACAAGAGCUUGAAGGACGACAAUAUAACGCCGACGAAUAAGCUGGCGCCAGGCACGCCAUUUCACUUUAAAGGCGAACCCUUUGCCAAGCUGCAGCUGCUGGACAUGGACAGCAGCAAGUCCCAAGCAGCGGCGCCGCCGGCCAAGCACAAAGCUUUUGUCGUAGCCAGCGAGCCGCAGAGUCCCGAGCCGCUAGUGGAUGCCAUAAACUUUGAUCUGGUCACGCAGCACAUAGAGCAGCUAACGCUAAGUAAUUUGGACUUGGGCGAAUCGCUGGGCCCGGAGACACAACUGGUUGAGGCCAUUAACAAGCCGCUGAUAAGCAAACCGCUGACGCGCAGCGUCUCAGCGCCGCGUGCCACAUCCACAUCCUCGCCACAGCCGCCGCCCACAUAUGCGCGCAGCAAGCUCAAGACGCAGAGCAGCAAGGCCAGCACUUUGGGUGGCGGCAUGCCCUUGCGUCUGCCCACGGCCGAGCAGCUGGCCGAGCUGGAGGAGGCCAACAAGCUGUCAGCCGAGAGUCUGGAUACGCUCACGGACAUUAAGCCCAAAUUUGCUGCGCGUCUAAGCGAACUAACGCGUCUGAACAAUCGUCCGCUUUCGUCCAGCUCCAUUUGCUCCACUUCAUCCAGCUCCAGUUCUGGUUCGGAUCAGCUGCUGAACGGACGCAAUGCGCCUUCGUAUCUGGCUAGCGUGGAGAGUCUAGCGGAGAGCGAGAACGAGCUUGGCGAUCAUCAUCAUCCGCAUACGGCCGCUCUAAGCGUCCUGGAACGCGCCUGCCUUGAGAUUGUCGACUCGGAGCGCAGUUUCGUCGAAGAUCUCGGUCAGGUUAUUAAAGGUUAUCUGUUGGAGUGGAAAGAGCGCGCCUGUUUGCGCUUGGACGAAUUGCAAAUACUCUUUGCCAACAUUGAAGAGAUUUACGAAUUCAACUCGUUGCUGCUGCAGCAGCUCAUCAACUCGGGCAUGGAGCCGGGUAAAAUCGCCAAAUGCUUCAUUAAUCUGCGCGAACGUUUUGAUGUGUAUACAACCUAUUGCACAAGUUACCCGGAAGCCAUCUCGCUGUUGACCAAACUGCUGCAGGCCAAGCACACCAACUCACUAUUGGCCUCCACGCAAAAGCAUCUGCAACAUCGCCUGCCCCUGGGCUCCUAUUUGCUGAAACCGGUGCAACGCAUACUCAAGUAUCAUCUGCUGCUGGACAGCCUGCGCAAGCAUUGCGAUGUGAAGGAGGUAGCCGAGGCAUAUGCGAUUAUGCGUCAGGUGGCGUACAACAUCGAUCAGGUCAAACGCAAACAGGAGCAACAGAGUCGUGUCAAGGAGCUGUCGGGCAUACUAGACGGCUGGAUGGGUCCAGAUCUAAGCGUUUUGCGUGAGCUACGGCACGAAGGUCUGUUGAUGGAGCAGCACAACAAGCCGCGACAGGUGCUGCUCUUUGAGACAAUGCUGAUCAUUACCAAGCAGAAGGAGGACGGUCGUCUGCAGUUCAAGAGCCUCAUAUCGCAACAGAAUCUAAUGCUGAGCGAACAUUUGCCAGGAGAGCCGACUAGCUUCUAUGUAAUACCCUUUCAUGAGCCGCGCAAUCAAAUCAAACUGACGGCCAGAAAUCGUGAACAGAAGCGCAUUUGGACGCAGCACAUCAAAGGCGUUAUGCUGGAAAAGCUGGAUAUACCCACGCGCGCCAAGGAGCUUGUCUAUCAGCUGGGCAACGAGGAAGAUCGCACGCCGGAUCGCAGUCCCUGGAAGUGGAGCCUGCACUCGAGCAGCAAUUCGACGCCCAUGUACUUGGAGCGGCGCAACAAUUGCCGACGCAGCGAGAUACGUUGGCGCAACUCCAAGUUCAAGCGCAAGACCAUCAGCAAUUCCAGCUCAUUUGAUAGCUUUAACGAAUCGCUGGAGCAGCCGCAGCAGCAGCAGCAGGAGCAAGCUAAGCCUGCCAAGCCGCUGAGCAGGAAUAAUAGUUUGGAUGAUACGGCGCUGCAGAAGUUGGCGGCAGCAGUGCGUUAUCGCAGCGGCGGUGGCAAGCGCGCGUCCAGCAAGAAUGAGCCGGAGUGCAAAUGUGCGGAGCAGGGGGAGGAGUGUCUUUGUAUAUUGAGACAGCAGCGCAACAGUCGCGCCAAGUCGCAGUCGCCGUUGCUGGCGCUGAAGGAGCGCAGCAAGUCGGUGCCGCGCAUUGGCUUGGACGAGCUGGAGGAUGAGGAUAGCGCCGCCUCGCUGCGUGGCAGCAAACCCGAUCUCAGCGAGCGCAAGGCCAAGGCCAAGGGUUACUUUGAGGUCAAGCAGUAUAAUCACAAGACUAUGCCCAAGCGCAUUGCCACCUUGAAGAAGCAGCGCUGCAGCAGCAAAAAGGAAAGCUGCUCCAAGUUCUACAUGGAUCUGGAUGAAUUUGAUAGCACAGUGCUGAAGAUAACCGAGUCCACGGAGCAUCUGGAGCUGGCUGAAGAAGCGCAGGAGACGCCUGCGCCGCAGCAGCAGCAAACUGUGGAGCAGCUGUCGCCAGCGGAAAAGUCCAAGCGUGAUGCACAGAUUGUGCUGGAGCUGCUGAAGAACACGAAGGAGUUCGAGCGCAUCUAUCAGAAGCAAAAGCAGCGACGCGAGAGUCACAGUCAAGCCAACAGUCCGACGCCGCCGCCGCCUCUGCCGCCACGUCCGCCUUCACGCUCGCCGCCACCGCUGGAGCUGGAGCAGCAGUCCAAGCAGUCAGCGAUGCAAGCUGAGCAGCAGGAUGAGCCCAUCUAUGAAACGCUGCUGCGCAAUGUGCAUGUCCCAUAUAAAUUCUCGCCCGUGCUGGCGCGCGCCAAGUCCGUGCAGCAGGUGAAGCCGCGUGAGCGUCGCGCAGCUGCAGCGUCGCGUCCAGAGUCCGACUAUGUAACGCUCGUCUAUACGCCAGAGGGCGUGUUGCAACGCGUGGGCGAGGAAACGCUGCUGCAGCAGCGCGGCAGCAGCAGCAGCAGCGCCAGCAGCAACAGUUCGGAUGCAACGCUUAAGCGUGAUAGUCAAAGUACCGUUAUUAAUCUGCAGCUGGAUGCGCCAGACGCCGGCACACGCGCCAUACCAAAGAAUCUAAUGAAGCGUCUGCUAAGCAACGGCAGCUCAGCUCUGGAGCAGGUUAGCCAAUCGGAGCUGUCGCUGCUGCCGCGAGCGCUCAAGUCCAUUGACAAUCUGAGCUUGGCCUUUGCCCGCAGCCAGAGCCACAGCGCUGCCGGCAAUCGUCCGCCGGAGCGCCGCGUCUCGGAUGUCAGCGAAAUGUGCCGUCAGAGCAUUUUGCAUCGCCAGGGCAGCGAGGCUGUGGGUGAGCGCAUGGCGCAUGUGGAUUAUGCCGAUCCCAAGACGCUGUUCAGCAUUAUUGCCAGCUCGGAGGCUUCGCUGCAGCGUGACUCUGUCUUUUCGCUUACCAGCUCCUCCUGCACCUCCAGCGACAGCAUGAGCGGCCUGGAGCCGCCGCACAGCUCCAACAAUAGCUUCGAGUAUGAGCAACAGGUGGAGGAUAGUCUGGAGAAUGAUUUUCGUGACUCGGCCAUUUAUAGCGACGAUAACAAUGAGAAGCGUAGUCUGGAUUUUGAUUUGAAAAUGCCACGCCCACGACCCAGAAGUCCGCCGCCACCACCACCGCCCAUAGCACCCAAGCCCAGCAAGGAGCAACUUGCUCAGCAGCUGCCAGCAACGGUGCUCUGUCCACCGCAUCUGAGCCAAGCGGCCUCGCGCAGUUGGGUACUGCAGCAAAUCGAGAACUUUAACAAGUAGACGCAGCCCAUUGCCAUAUUUAGCUGUUUCUAAGUAUUUCGUAAAUUAAACUAUGUACAUAUACUAAAUAUAAUUGCUGAUCCUUAGCUUAAGUGUUUGCUGUAAUUUGACUGUUUUUUAUAUGUAGUAAUGCCCCUAGGCGUGUAAAUACUUAACUACAAAGUCAUUUAAUAAAAAUAC